AUCACAAGUAGGUCCAGGACUAGGGACCUACCUUAAGAACUUGAAAUGAAAUUAAUCAUCAGCGCGGGCUCACAAUAUUGGUUUAAAGUUCAUCAUUGCUUAGUCAGUGAAUAUUUUGUUUUAAAAAACCACAAGGGUAUAAAUUGACGACUUUAAAUACAUUCGCAUGUUAUGUGCUCUCGUUUAUGUUAAUGUCACGACCCGGGAGCCAGGAAACAAUCUUUGAAUAUUAAGAGAAUGACAAUAGUACAGAUAAAUAUGUAAGCAUCUUCCUGUUGUGCAGUUUUAGAUUUGUUCAUGUCAUGGUCACUGGUCAGUGAAGCUAGAGCGGGUCACCGUGGGUUCAAAGCUUGAAGGGGCAUCGACACGAUUUGAACUGAAAAUUUCCAAAUUUUAUUUUUUCAUUUUUAAUGUUUAGAAUGUCUAACUACAUUAUUUAAGGUAUUUCUAAUGGUCAGCAAAAAAUUGAAUGUCAGUUGUUGAUGUACAUGGGAGAUACAGAGCUUUGUUAUGUAAACAAGGCUCGUGCCAUGUUUUUGUUUACAUAGGGUAAAUAUACUAGUAAAAGUUUUCGUUUCAAGCAGAUUUUUUAAAUUUACAAGUUAAUUCCGAACACAAUUAGAUAGUUUCUAGUGUUUGGCACAUCUCAUUUUGUUUUAAACAUGCUAUUUCCAAUUAAGCAAUCUAUAUGUAAACAAAACAUAGCACAGGCCUUGUUUACACAACAAAGAAUUGCGAGUGCUGUAUCUCACUUGUCACUCAACAACUGAUAAUAAAAUUUUGGUUGACCAUUAGAAAUACUUUAGUUAAGCAUUGUAGAUAAUAAAUUUAGAAAAAUUCAAGCUCAAAUCGUGUCCAUGUCCCUUCAAUAUUGGCUAUGUAGUUUGAUUAAAAUGUUUUUUAAAAUAUAUUCAGUUACAUAAUUGUUAAAUUGAUUUGCAUUCUGACAUGUUACCUACACUGCUAUUUAUUUGCUCUAGACCAAACGUCGCCUCGGUGAGCGAUGUGUCCCAUGGGUGUUUUAAAUCUAGUAGGUAUUCAACUUGACCAGUUCUUUUCCCCCACGUGAUAAGAGACCUCGGUUGGUCAGUUGUGUUACGACCCUGGCGUUUCAUGUCAGAAGAUGAGUAAUCAAUCAGUAUAUACUUUAAAAUAUCGCGUCUGAUCCGCCUGAACGGAGUCCAAGGCUCUGAGGUCGCGUCGACAUGAGUGAAAUAUUCUCAUUGAGACAUGAAACCAUUAAUCAACCGUUGACCCAGAAGUAAACUGUGUGCAUGUUUGAAUGGUUGAUUUCAUUGUCGACUUAAUUGUAUUUGCUAUCUGGCGUGUAUAUAGAUGCAUGUAAGUCAGUGAUUACUGCGAUGAUUGCCACACAUAAUGUAUAUAUACUAAUGUCAUGUCAUGCUCCUCGAGACUUUAAUUGAAGGGCAAGAUCAGAUAAUUCAAAAAAAGAUUGUAGACUUCUUUGAUACACAAUGAGACAAUGCAGUCUCAACAGGAUUUGUCUUGAAACAUUAGAGUUCACGCAAUCGAUAUAAGACGUAUCGAUGCAUUAGUCCUGUGCAAAGUUGUAUUGACAUUCAUUUAGUAAGAACUGUUUUAAAGCUCAUAAUGAAAACUGUGCUUGUUUUGUGUUGGUUUCUACUAUUGUUUUACGAGCUGUCGAUUUCUGUUCGUGCUGCUCUGUAUUCUGAUGCUGUUUCUCUAAUGGAAGAUGUCUUUAAGAACUAUUCUACGGAUAUUCGCCCGAACCAAAAUUUGUCAGAAGCUACUGAGGUUUCUCUGGAUCCAUAUGUUUUUUCAGUAAAUGAUUUUGACGAAGUUUCUGGAGUUAUAUCUAUUGUGUGCGGAUUGAGGCUGAUUUGGCAUGAUUUUCGGUUGACUUGGACACCGAGUGACUAUGGUGGCCUCGUGGACCUUCCUGUUCCAAAGAAAAAACUUUGGGUUCCGAACAUCUUUUUGAUUGACCCAGCGAACAAAAUGGAAGCUAUUGGGGAUGAUGAUUUCAUCGGAAGAAUAUAUUAUAAUGGCGAAGUGAAUUGGAUACCAGCAGGUUUAAUUCAGACGUUGUGUAGCGUUAACAUGUAUAAAUUUCCCUUCGAUACACAGGAGUGUUCGUUCUCAUUGGUUCCCUGGGGAUAUAUACCACUUGAAACUAAACUGGUUCCCUAUAACAAUAUGUCCUACGCGGAUAUAACAUAUUACUCUUCUAAUGCAGAAUGGGAUCUAGAGAAAACUGUAAUGAAACGGUUUAGAAUUGGAGGAUACGACAAUCUGGUUAAAGUCCAGGUGAAUUUGAAGAGAAAGUCUCUCUACUUCGUCAUAAACAUGUUGGCUCCUAUGCUUCUUCUGUCCUUGUUGAAUCCUCUGGUUUUUUCCUUGCCUGUUGACAGUGGAGAGCGUGUGUCUUAUGCUAUGACGAUCUUUCUAUCAUUUGCCGUUUUCAUGACAUUGCUUAGCGAAAAUAUACCUAGAUCAUCUGAGCCAAUGUCUUUAUUGUCGUAUUUCCUAAUAGUGACAAUGCUAAAAAGCACAUUGAUAUGCGUAUUGACCGUUGUUAAUCUCAAUCUUCAUUUUAAAGACCCUACGUCAGAAGUAUCAAGAAAAGCUUUGUUUAUACUAAACGUGAUGCGACUUCAAUGUUUGUACAAACUUUGUAAAAAGGGUGGAAAGAAAUCUAACGUCUCUGAUAAUUCGGUUACGGAAAUAGUUUUUGUGAGGAGUAAAACGAGUGACGAAGGGAGAACGCAGAACAAGGAAGCAGAGGGUAGUGUGACGUGGAAAGCCAUAGCUGAAGGAUACGACAAAGUACUGUUGUACUAUUUUUAUCUGAUUUUCUUUCUUCUGUGGAUCAUUCUUGGGGCAGUAUUGACAUCCUGAAACAAUUUCUCAUCAUGAAACAAUGUCAUUUAAUAUGAGCGGCAUUAGCAUUGUGAAAUAUCAAUAUUAUCUUAUCUGAGAUGCACUAGCAUUGUGAAACAUAUGAGCGAUAUUAGGAUCAUGAUUUUUUUUUAUUUCACCUGAGCGACAUUGACAUUGUCACGUGUGAAACAUUAAUGUUUAUCUCAGCCGCAUUCAAUUUGACAAUUUUGAAAAAAAAGUGAUACUAUAUCAUCAGGGCAAUAUUGUUUGCUUUACCCUGAAACGUUGUUAGUAUAUUGGAACAAUACUAUUAUAAAUAUGAGUCUUCCCCCCACCCCCGAAAACCGCAUGUGUUGCUACCAUACACUGAACGAUGUGUGUCAUGCGUUGUUGCUAUUUCCUUUGAAAAUUUCUUAAUGGACCUCAUUAGGCAUCGUUGUUUCUGCAUGUUUAAACGCAUUUUGUUAUUCUUCUUACAAAACAUAAAUCUAGUUAUGAGUUAUCAAAA